AUGUCGGUUGCUCCCCUGGGACCCACAUUUGCUGAUGCCUGUGAAUCUGAGGGCAGCUCAGAGAGGCACACAGGACCCUCAGGGGAGACCUGGACAAAAUCUGUUGCCCAAGAGGUGGAUUUCAGGAAAACCUCAGGAACUUACCAGGAUGACCCCACAGACCAGCCUGGCCAUGAAUCUGGUACCUUGGGGAACAGUUCUAGUGCAUGGGCAAACUUAACCUCCCAAGAGAAGACUCUUUCAGAAGAGAAGUUUGACCAGUGGGAUGGUUAUGGGACAGAGCCUCUAUACACACACUCAGGAAGGAAGUCCAAGUGUGGCAACUGUAGGAAGACAUUUCAGAGUGCCUUGGCCCUUGAGGUGCACCAGAAGAGCCACUCUCAGAAGACACCAUAUGCCUGCAGUGAGUGUGGGAAGACCUUCAGCCAAAGCACUCACCUAGCCCAGCACCAGGUGGUCCACACAGGGGCAAAGCCCCAUGAGUGUAAGGAAUGUGGGAAAGCCUUCAGCCAAGUCACCCACCUGACACAGCGCCAAAGGAUUCAUAUCAGAGAGAAACUCUACAAAUGUGGGGAAUGUGGCAAAACCUUCAGCCGCAGCACCCACCUCACCCAGCACCAGCAGGUGCACACAGGGGAGCGGCCCUACCAGUGUGAUGAGUGCGGGAAGGCCUCCUGCCAGAGCACCCACUUGACUCAGCACCAGCACAUCCACACUAGGGAGAAACCCUACAAGUGUGACACAUGUGGGAGAGCCUUCAGUGGUUGAUCAGGUCUGAUCCAACACCUGAGAAUCCGUUCUGGAGAGAAGCCAUAUCAGUGUAAGGUUUGCCCCAAGUCCUUGUGCAGAGCUCCUCCCUCAUGGAGCACCAGAGGAUCCACACAGGAGAGAAGCCCUAGAAGUGCAGUGACUGUGGGAAGGUCUUUAGCUGAAGCUCGGCCCUCAUGGUUCACCUGACAAUCCAUCAUGGUACUGCAGUGACUGGAAGUAGCCCUCAGGGCAUAGCAUAAGCUCUCCUGAGAAGCUCAGCAUCUAAGAGAAACUCUGAGCUGUGAAAGAGCUGAGAAUAGGAUGGGUGAUUGCUGAGUCACCAAAAUGAUAAGGUGCCUGAGGGCAGACUCUGGGGCUGUCUGGCAACAAUUCUGCAUUGAGCACCAAUGGGAGGCCCCAAUGAACAUAAAGUGAUUCAAGCCAGCUGAAGAAGCUUCCAGAAGGAUCCUGUUGUCCUCUAUUUCCCAUGCAGGCCUGUCCUAGAGAGAGGACAGCUAAGCUGAGGACUGGAUUAGUUCUCAGGGACAGGGCAAGUGUCUUUCAGAACUCAGUGGUCCCCAGAUGCUCUGGGCAGGCAGACUUCAGCUUCUUGUUCUCACUUGGCUACUCUUCCUACCUGUUCCUCUGCUGCUCAGCCCAGAAGGGACACCUGCCAUGCCCAGCUCUGUGCCUCAGCACCUACUAUUUCCACUCCACCCUAUUUUGUGCCCGACUCCAAGGCUGACUUAUGAGACUGCCUCUCCUGCGAAGCCCUCUCCAGACACUCCAUCUCUCUCAUGUUUUCUCUGCCGUAACCCUUGCCCAACAGCUGUUUCUCCCUCCCCCUCUCCCUCCACACCCCACGAGUCACCAGCCCUUUUGGUUUAACCUAAAGCUCACCUCUAAUUCAUCUUCUCCUUUCCCACCACUGUUACUUUAUGUGAGCCCUGAGUGCCUUGUGCCUGGAUUAUAGCAAGAGCCUCCUUCCUGACUCCUUCCUGCCUUCAUUCCCUCUCCCGUGUCAUUCUCCAGGGGGCUCUUGCUAUUACCCAAAUCUGAUGUGUCACUCCAUGGCAAAAAGCUCUCCAAUGUGUCACCCUUCUACAACAAAGCUUCCUGAAUGGGUACAAGUAUGCCAAGAUAUUGGUUCUUUGGGCCCCGAGCAACCUCUUCUGUCAUCCUCAUAUGUGCAUACAAAUAUUGUCCUUUUUUGGUGCAGUGAUGUGAAAAUGGUUUCAAUGUACUGCCCUACAGGAUAAACCAAACUCCUUCAUCUGCUGUUCACAAUCGUUCGUGACCUAGCCUUGUCUGGCCUCGUCGUCUCACCUUCCAUACCCCAGCCAUGUGGAACCUCUACUAUGGCUCCUAAAGAAGCCAUAUUUUUUGCCACCUACAUGCCUUUGUACCUGUACCUGGAACCCUCCUCUCCUCUUUCCAAUAAAUGUGC